GAGCAUGCUGUACAAGAAUAAGCAUCAACAAGUUCAAAUGACAUAUGUCCUCUCCACUUGUGCAUUUACUUUGUCUGUUUGUUUAUUUUGCAAAACCGGAAUCCGCCCGGGUGAUUCUUCGUGGCUGUUGUCUUCUCUGAAGGAAAAAAAAAUCAUGCACACACACCCCUUCAGGCCCUUUAUUCUGACUACAUGUCAGAGAAUGAGGCAGACAAGAAGAAAGACAGAGGGAGGAGCAGGCAUCCAUGGCAUCUGCAGCUUGACAGGAGUUCAGGCAUGUGAACGCACGGAAGGAGCGUUGGGCUUUCUUUUUACAGGAUUCACACUCAAAAACAUACACUGGACAAAGAGGACACAGACACCGGAACAAUGACGCCACCGAAACCGCCCAGGAAAAGCCUGAUGAUGAAGUCCAGCAUCACCAACGGCUAUGACGCUAUACCACCAGCCUAUGAAGAGCCUGAUGCACUGAAGCCUGCGGUCACAGCUGAAGUUCUGCCAGAUUUCAGAGUCAAGCCUGUACCUCGUCCUAGAUCUAAAAUACUACCAAAACCUCCACCAAGUGACACCACCAACUCUGACUCUGUGAAUGAAACAAGCAGUGAAACUACCGCAGUGAGUUGCCAGCACGAUGAAGAGCCUGCACCAAGGCUCCAGCCUGUGCGUCCCCCUCCGAGACCACCGCCAAUCAGAUGUUUGACCUCCACUAAACCUACAGCAGAUGUUUAUGGAGGCAGCCAGAACAGCAGCUCAAAUACUGAGACAACUGUGAAUCCCCCAGCGGUCCAUCUUGAGAAGAGGAAAAGUCUUCCACCUCCUGCGCGCCCCCCGCCUCCUGCCAUCUACUAUGAGAGAGCACAGUCUAUGAGAGGGACGCCCCGUAAGACGAACAGCGUUGACGCUCAGCAAUCCACAGUCUACUCCACACAGCAGACAGACUCAGCAGGUGUCUCUGAAGAGGUGGCCAAUCCUUGUGAGACUUAUGCAGAAAAGGCCACAGACGCGACAGACAGACCCACAGUUCCACCUCGUCUACAUCACGUGUAUGGACCGUCGCCUACACAGACCAGACCACCACCCCCUGCCUUCAACCCACCACCACCACCACCACCACCACCACCGUACUCAACAGGGACACAGUCAGAGUCAGUGUACAGCGAGAUAGAACAUCGGCCCUACCUGGAUGUUCUGCCAGAGGACGAAAAUACAACCGUGAGAUUGACUCUUUCCACACACGCACACAAAGAGCUUUAUAUUCUCUGA